AUGGACCGCGACCACACCAAACCCAUUCCAGCGUACUACUGCUGCUAUCUUCUCCGCUCCACCAAAAAGCCCGCUUGUCUAUACAUCGGCUCCACUCCACACCCCGCCAGACGUCUCGCUCAGCAUAAUGGCGAAUCCAAGGGUGGCGCCCGCAGGACGCACCACGACGACAAACGCCCCUGGGAGAUGGUCCUGACCGUGGAAGGGUUCCCCAGCCGCGUAGCCGCCUUACAAUUCGAAUGGGCCUGGCAGAACCCGAAAAGGGCACGACAGAUCACCGCCAACUACCCGCCAGAUCAUUCCGCCCCGAGACCCAAAGGCCGGGGUUCGCGGCGGUCCAUGAAUGCUCACUUGGAGGAUCUCCAUACCCUCUUACGCGCGACCCCCUUUGCGCACUGGCCCCUCCAGGUGCGAUUCUUCGCCUCGGAUGUGCAUCAGACCUGGAGGGCGUUGGCAGAUCGGGUGCAGGGAUUUCUCCCCGAUCAUCUGGAGGUGAUUGUGGAUGGAAACUGUGCUGGCGCCCCGUUGCCGGCUACGGGGGAACAGGAGAAGGUGAAAGGUGUGACCGGCCUGAAGGUCACCUAUACGCACAUGCAGGACUACUUAGAUAAGGCCAUUUUUCUCUUAGAGGACUCGGAGGACUGUCGGUGUGGCGUGUGCGCGGUACCCCUGGUGCCCGACGGAGAAUUGGUAGUGGUGUGCUCGCAGGAUAACUGCUCCUGCACAAGUCAUCUAUUGUGUUUGUCAAAGAAGUUUUUGGAGGCUGCUGAUGAGCCAGAUCGGCUGGUCCCGAUCAGUGGCGCUUGUCCGGGGUGUGGGAAGACGGUUCCAUGGUCGCUAAUGAUGCAGGAGCUUACUCUGCGAAAUCGUGGGGACAAUAAAGCGCAAGCGAAGAGGAAAAGGAACAAAGCGAGCAUUACUUCACAUGGGACCGAGGUUGCUUCAGGGCAGCGGAGUGCUGUUGUCAAAGAAACAGAUAACGAGCAUGCGCUCAUGGAUGGUCUCCCUGACGACAUCAGUCUGGAUGAAAAUUGGACUGAGUCAUUAGAGAUGGAUCUGGACUCGAAGAACAUAUCGGAGUCACAAUCCCAGCCGAUCCCAACCAGGACCGAAAUCAUCAUAGAAGACAGCGACUGCGAAGAGAUAUAUACGUUAGACUGA